GACGCGCGCGAGACAGUGGCGCGGACCAUCACUGGGAGAAGUUGAAGUGCGUUCGGCGCAGAGACGCUUGUGUGGAACGUUCCUGAGAACUCUUCGUGAUCUUGCUUUCAAUUGCCAAUCAUGUCCGAUUGGAGCGAUACGAGUGAGGCGGCCGACAGCGACACUUCAUGCUGCACGCCGCGGUUCUCGAGACCCAGGGGCGAAGAGCAGGAAGCCGCCGCAGUACCACGCGCGACGCGUCAAGAUUCGUCCAAGUGGAUGUGGUACUACAACCUGAGCGAGAAACAGCGACGGGCCGAGGACGAACGGAUCGCGAAUAAAUUGGCGGCCGUUGAGGCGGAAUUUCGCGAAGUCGAGAAGUUCGAGCUCACCUACGUGCCGUUCGAGUACCGCACGCGCGGCAGCUCGCUGAGCCCCCGCACCCCGCCGCCAAAGGAGCCCUGCACGUCUGCGAGUGACGCGGUCUCUGCGUCUCCUCUGCCGUCCACCAGCAAUGCGGGCCUCCCAGAGCCGCCUUGCGAAGCGCAGCCCGAUGGCAGGCGAGUCAAGUUUCGACUGGCGGACGGCUCGGUCGUCUCGAGUUCCGACGACGAGGACACGUUCGUGUCUCGAGUCUCGCGCAAAAGGUUCGUGCACAGCUCCAACGACGCCGCCGAGAGCCCGCCGAAGGCGUCGGAGGGCCGCGCUCUCGAGGACAUCAGUUCGGACGACGACGACGGCGCUAGUGCGAGCGGGCGCGUCGCGCGGCUCUCCAAAGUGCGGGAGACGCCUGGCGCGUUACCCCGCAGCAUCCCGGAGGAGGACGUCGACCGUGAGAGUGGCGGCGACGCCUCCUCGUCGUCGUCGCUCACGAGAGCCGACGUCAUUCGAAAGAGGAAGGAGAGGAUCGACAGGCAGCGCAGCCUCAUCGAGGACAUUUGUUCCGGGCACCGCAGUUCCAGCGACGAAUCGAGCCGGAAGCGAAGCUUCCUUCGCACGCCCGUCGUGACGCCGACACACCGCAGCGUAGCAGGUCGCCAGAGUCACGUCCGCAGGACGCUGUGGGCGCAGGAUGACCGGGCCACUCCUUCGCCGACGUCCAGUGUGGAGGAGCCACUGCGUGUCCUGGAGUGGGGCCAGACUCCGCCCUCUUUCUGGCUUUCUUCGGCCAGCUCGGCGACCAGCAGUAUCGCGGGGCCACCGGCGAAAACCUCCAGAGUGUGGCACUCCACCCCACACGGUGCCCCGCGGAGCAAGUUCGCCUCCCUGCGAGACAUCAGGGCGUCCGGCUCGGCUCCCUUGCGCGGGACGUUUGCCACAGAAGCGAGUGCCGACCGGCCGCAGCGCGCGGGCCGUGGGUUCCAGGUCCUGGACCGCGGGCAGACGCUGGUCGUCACCAAGCUUCCCGAGUCGCAGGAAGUGACCUGUUUUGGUGAGCAGCCGCCGACUGAGCCUCCAAGCGCUGCUCCCAGUCCGGCGUCACAGCGUCAUGACGAGGGCUCGACCACUCAGAGGAGCGUCGACGCGGCGGAGUGGAGCACCGUGAUUCGCUUUGGUGUCGGCGGCAACCGCGAGCGAGUCCUGCUGUCCGACGCGCCGACGCCAUUGUCGGCUAUCGCCAGCUUCGGCGCGCAAAGCCGUUCUCGCACUUCCCAGGCUCCGCAAGACCCGCGGCACGAACAGGGUGAACCAGCGCCCGCCGCACGCGACGACUCGCAGCCUGUCAGUCUGCUCCAGCAGCUGCUCAAGCACUGCCAACAGGAGGCUCCGGUGACGUUCGAACAGGCACUGCGGCUCACCGACGACUGCCGGAGGUGUCUCAAGCUGGGCGAAGGCUGCACGGCCGACGUCUACCGCAUCCGGAGGCCAAGCGGCGACGAGAGCGCCGUCAAGGUGAUCCCCGUGGGCGGCGGCCCGAACGAGAACGGCGAGCUGCCCAUGUCGUUGAGCAGCGUCAUCCUCGAAUGCGUCAUGACCAGGGAGCUAAGCAACCUGCGCUAUAACGAGACAAACCAGUCAGCCACCUUUAUCGAGCUCAAGAGAAUCUAUUGCGUCCAAGGAACCUACCACCCCAUACUGUUGAAGAGCUGGAGAGACUACGACAACCAGUUCUGCUCCGAGAACAGCGACCCCGGCAAGUGCACUUACUGCUGCCUUUUAUUCUGUUCCUCGUGCGGAAAUUAAUAACUUGGUGUUUGAUAUGCGUCAUUUUCAACCAGUCAAUAUUAAGCGUACCAAUACAACAGAGUCCAAGAGUUUGUAG